UCUCACCAAAAGAACCCCCCAAGAAAAUUAACGAGCGGUAUUCACUGCCCUCUAUUACCCUGGCAACAGAAGUCUUAUUUCCUAUUUUUUCCGCCGAUCGCUGCUCGUUUUGUUCCAUGAGCCAUAGCCGUCGUUGAAAUGUGCAGACACCAGAACGUGGUGCACGCAAGCAAUGACGCUAGACUCUGAAUUUGUGGGACCAACCUUAAUUUCCCACAGUCCGAAGGCAUCACAGUUGACAAUGGUCGAGAACGAUGGAUAACAAGAAACACUGGACGGGACAAGGAUUUUUGUGGCUGGUGAGGCGUUCCGUUCAAGAUAAGAGGCAGUUCACACCAAGACAAUAGCUCGCGGUAUUUAGACGGGUAUCGAUAUAUAUAUAUAUAUAAAGCAUUGCUUCAAUCCUAUUAAUUUUCAGACGACUCAUUGAUAUAAAUAACCGAUCGAAGGAGAAGAAUCCAACUAUGUUUCUUCGUAGCUCCCAUCCCUACCCAAACCCAAACCCUUCAAACUCGAUGGAUCCCAGCAAGGAAAUCGCUGUCGAGCUCCUCCCCCUCCUUCGAACCUACAAGGACGGCCGCAUCGAACGCCUCUUCGGCACCGACUUAGUCCCACCCUCCCUCGACCCUUCCACCGGCGUCACCUCCGAAGACGUCGUCAUCGACCCCGACACGAACCUAUCCGCCCGUCUCUUCCUCCCCGACCUCUCCUCCCUCGGCCCUUCCCAGAAGUUCCCCGUCCUCGUUUACUACCAUGGUGGCGGCUUCUGCUCCCUAAGCCCCUUCUCGGCCCUCUACCACAACUUCGUCAACUCCCUCGUGGUCGAAGCCAAGGUGAUCGCCGUGUCGGUGGACUACCGUCUGGCGCCGGAGCACCCGCUACCGGCGGCCUACGAGGACGCGGCGCGCGCGCUCCAGUGGGUGGCGUCCCACGCCGAGGGGCCUGGGCCCGUGCCCUGGCUCGCCGAGCGGGUGGAAUUCUCGCGCGUGUUCUUGGGCGGCGACAGCGCCGGCGCGAACAUCGCUCACAACAUGGCGAUGCGGGCGGAGGCGAAGAUCGAAGGAUUGGUGCUGAUACACCCGCACUUCUGGGGGUCGGAUCGGAUGGGCUGCGAGAAGGACCGGGUUGACAAGCCGUUUCUGGAGGCGGAGAUGCUCGACCGGCUGUGGCCUUUCGCGUGGGGGAGCGCGGUGGAGAGCGACGACCCGCAGAUAAACCCAAUGGCGGAGGGAGCGCCGAGCCUGGCGGGGCUGGGGUGUGGGAGGGUGCUGGUGGUCACGGCGGAGAGGGAUGUGCUGAGGGACAGGGGAAGGGCGUAUUGCAAGGCGUUGAGGGGGAGUGGGUGGAGAGGGGUGGUGGAGCUGCUGGAGACCGAGGCGGAGGACCACGUGUUUCAUCUGCUCAAUCCUGGUUGCGACAAGGCGCUGGAGAUGAUGACGCGGUUGGCCGGUUUCCUUCGUGGGUAGCGGGUUGGCGACGAUACGAAUACGAUCAUAAAUGGGCUCGGGCUAGGUUCUGGGCCUCGGCUCGAGAAAGUUCGUUUCAUGCCCAAGUAAGCAACAGGUAUCGAACCCAAGAUGUUGUAAUGGUUGUGUAUAACCAAAUAAGAAGAAUUUGGUUCAAUCGUCGUUGCCUUAUAGGCUGUUAUUACUCAAAGUCAUGAUAAUUAGAUGUCUACCAAUUUUUGGGAUGCAUCAUCUGCAAAAUCAAACUCAUAACCA